UGUUCCUGGUGAAGUCAGCCAGCCUGACCAAGCGGAGGACCUAUGCCGGCCUGGCGUUCCACGCCUACGGGAAGGCGGGCAAGAUGCUGGUGGAGACCAGGUAGGUGCCCCUGUGCUCCCUGCGCCUCCCGAGGGGCCCCGGAGGCCGCCCCAGGGUGGACAGCUGGACGUGGGGUGGCCUCACAGCUUGUGCUGGGCUUCUGGAGAGCCGCGCACGAAAUAGCUGAACGUCCAAAUCAUCCUGCCCUUCAAAUGAUGAUGGCCAGGUCCAAAGCCUUAAGUCUUGCCGUGGAAAGUUGAAAACGGCUCCCUCAGGUGUAGCUAAUCUCAGUACCGUUCCCAGACUGUGCACCCCCCCCCCCAAAUACUGCUGCAUUAAGGUGGCAUUAAAUUGAAAAUGUCACAUUUUUCUUCUUUUGGAGUAAAAUUUUAUGACAUGAAAAAAUUGCUGGGAAAUUGCGCUUUUAGGCUUCUAAAUUAGGGAAUUGUAAAUUCAAAAGAACAACGGUUUUUGAAAGCAGUUGAUUGUUCUCUUAACUUGUCUAACAUCACAGUGUGUUUUUGUAGCACCUGAAAGAACUUUUAGAACCUCCUGUGGAGAGAAAAUACAGCACCACAUAAAGAAAAGUUCAACAUGAUCGGGCUGAUGCUGGGAACCUGCAUUGCCUUCUACGUCGUGAUCGGUGACUUGGGUUCCAACUUCUUUGCUCGGCUGUUUGGGUUUCAGGUGACCGGCACCUUCCGCGUGUUCCUGCUCUUUUCGGUGUCGCUGUGUGUCGUGCUGCCCCUCAGCCUGCAGAGGAACAUGAUGGCCUCCAUCCAGUCCUUCAGCGCCAUGGCCCUCCUCUUCUACACCGUGUUCAUGUUCGUGAUCCUGCUGUCCUCUCUCAAGCACGGCCUCUUCAGCGGGCAGUGGCUGCAGCGUAUCAGCUACGUGCGCUGGGAGGGUGUGUUCCGCUGCAUCCCCAUCUUCGGCAUGUCCUUCGCCUGCCAGUCCCAGGUCCUGCCUACCUACGACAGCCUGGAUGAGCCGUCGGUGAAAACCAUGAGCUCCAUAUUUGCCUCCUCCCUCAACGUGGUCACCACCUUCUACGUCAUGGUGGGGUUUUUUGGUUACGUCAGCUUCACUGAUGCCACCGCGGGAAACGUGCUGAUGCACUUCCCCUCCAACCUGGUGACAGAGAUGAUCCGCGUGGGCUUCACGAUGUCGGUGGCUGUGGGCUUCCCCAUGAUGAUCCUGCCCUGCAGACAGGCCCUGAACACACUGAUUUUCGAACAGCAGCAAAAAGAUGGCACCUUUGCGGCCGGAGGCUACAUGCCUCCUCUGCGGUUCAAAGCGCUCACCCUCGCGGUCGUGUUCGGAACCAUGGUCGGCGGCAUCCUGAUCCCCAACGUGGAGACCGUCCUGGGCCUCACGGGCGCCACGAUGGGAAGCCUCAUCUGCUUCGUCUGCCCGGCUCUGAUCUACAAGAAGACCCACAAGAGCGCCCUCUCCCCCCAGGUGGUGCUCUGGGUUGGCCUGGGCGUCCUGGUGGUCAGCACCCUCACCACCCUGUCUGUGAGCGAGGACACCCCCAUGGAUGUGGCACAGGAAGCCCCCGGUGUCCGGCUAGGAGAGGCAGAGGGUUUGAAGGCAGAGGUGGCCCGGCUCUCAGUCCAGGACCCGCCUGUGGACGCCGCCUCGGACAGCCGUGACGCACCGCAGCCACCACAGCCGAGGGAGGACCUGGAGCAGGCCCAGAUCAAGGGCCCCGUGGAGGUGCCCGGGCGGGAGGAUGCCAAGGAGAUGCAGCAGGAGGCGCAGCUCGACCGCCCCGGUCAAGGGGUUGCCGUCCCUGUGGGUGAGGCCCACCGCCAUGAGCCCCCUGUUCCUCACGACGAGGUGGUGGUCGAUGAAGGCCAAGACCGGGAAGGCCCAGAGAACAAGGCUCCGGGGAGCAAAGGUCAGAUGGUGCCGCCCCUGCCAGGUUCAGAAAGAGAGGAGCUCGAGCCGGCAAAGGGAGAGGCCGGGAGGAAACCCGGACAGGACCAGGCUGCGGAGGAAGCAGGUGGUCUUCCUGAACAUCCCCAGAAGGUUCCAGAAGCAGAUGGCCAGCCAGCUGUGCAGCCAGCGAAGGAUGACCUAGGGCCAGGCAACCAGGACCUGCCUCCGGGGCCCCAGGCAGCUGUGUCCCAGGAGCAGAACGCCCAGGCAGCAGGCGCGGGGGACAAGGCCGGCAGGGUGCUGCUGCCGGGCAACGCCGCGGGGGACAGCGAGCUCGGCGGGAAGGCUGCCCUCCCGGAAGAGAAGCCGGCUCCCGGGGCCGGGCCGCCGCCCGAGGCUCGCGAGCAGAGGGACGCGGAGCGACCAGGCGGAGACCAGGCGGGCAGCAAGUUGGAGGCUGAGAUUAAAAAGAUAGUGGCAGAAGCUGGCCGGGUGGAGAUGCUGGAUCACGCCGUCCUGCUGCAGGUGAUCAAGGAGCAGCAGGUGCAGCAGAAGCGCUUGCUGGACCAGCAGGAGAAGCUGCUGGCGGUGAUCGAGGAGCAGCACAAGGAGAUCCACCAGCAGAGGCAGGAGGACGAGGAGGACAAGUCCAGGCAGGUGGACGCGCAGCCAGAGCCCGGGGCGGCCGUGCCCCGAGGUCAGGAGGCCCGUGAUGGCCAGGCCGGGGAGGCAGUGGAGAAGCCGCCUCCGCAGCCUUUGGAGCCUGAGCUCGGAGCUCCCGGGGCUCGGCCCGCUCCCCCACGAGAGCCAGGCCAGCGCUCCCUGGAGGAGCCCCAGGGCGCCGCAGGCAGAGAGCUUGCUGGCCCCCCUGAUGGCGGCUCCGACACGGCGGCCCAGGCCAAGCCGAGAGAAGGCCAGAAGGGCACUCUGCCCGUGGUGGCCAGUGUUGUGAGGGAGCUGCCCCCCAAGGGCGGGAAGCAAGUACCCGGCCUAGACGCCGCCGGGCCACCCAGGAGCCCAGAAGAGCGGCUCGCUGAGGAGUCGCUCAGGCAAAGUCGGGACCUUCUCGGUGGAGGUUCCCAAGACAAGAGGAAACCCGGGGAGGAGGCAGCAGUCGCUGGCGCCAGCAUUUGGAAGGGAGCUGACCAGCUCGUGGCAGCGCCAGGAGGGACUGGGGACCCUCACAUGAAGCCCAAGCAGACACACCGAGACCUGGGCCUUGCAGCGGGCCUGCCCAGCAGGUUGGAAGGAGCAGCUGCUCAGCCCCAAGCCGUGCUGCGUCAGCCAGAACUGCAGGCCGUCUCCGACGGGGCUCGAGGUGGGCAGCAGGGCAGCCGGCUAGGCCCCGGCGCUCCCCCUGAGACAGGAAAGGAGGCCCUCGGUGGGGACCACAUGCCCCGUGAGCAGCCGGGAGCCGGGGAGGACACUGCUGUCCAGGGUCCCAGACAGAAGCCAGACCCUGAGCCUGGGCCAAAACUAGUCCCUGGGGCUCAGAAACCAGACAACGCCAAACCCAACCGAGACCUGAAACUGCAAGCUGGCUCCGACCUGCGGAGGAGACGGCGGGAUCUUUCCCCGCGGCGUGCAGAGGGGGAGCUGGCCCCCGAGGACGGGGUCAUCAGCUUUAACCCCCUGCCCGACGUCCAGGUGAACGGCCUCCGUGAAGCCCUGGACUCCCAGCUCCGCCAGGCCGCGGGGGCCGCCCUGCAGGUCCACAGCCGGCAGAUUAAGCAGCUGCCCGGGGCCCUGGAGGAGGCCUAGCGCCUGCUGGAGGUGAGGGCUGCAGACCGCGCCGCCCUCAGGCAUUGGCGCGUCUCCCUGGCCCGUCCCGGCUGACCUCUGGGGAUGCCGCUCAUUUCUCCCCCUGGGUUUCAUGUUUGAGGCCCUUGCGGCAUGUGGUGAGCGAAGGGAUUUUGUUUCCAGAACGUUCUUGCGGUCAUCUGUUGUACUCGGUCUGAGGUCCUCCGACCGCUGCAGACUUGGAGCUCAGUCCUGCCCAUGAGGAGAAACGGUGCGUGGCCCGUGCUGGGAACCCUCGCUCUGGGGCUCGGGCUCCAGGAGAGCCGCCAGGCGCGGUGUCCCGCUCAGGCUCAGGCCGCCCCCGCGGGGAGCGUGCGGGGUUCAAGUGGAGCCAGAUGGUGAGAGUGGGGAGCAAAUGCCUUCACCGUUGCGACUGCAGCCCCAGCUCACGGCUGCGGCGAGAACCAAGCAUUCAACCACGAACUUAGUGACUCGGAAUUUUAAUUAUUUAUGUCAUGUUUUCCGUGUGUGUUGUAGAGAAUCUCAAAUAAACACUUUUGCCUUCA